AUGAUGAUCGCCGCAGAGAAGGAAGGAAUCGCCGAAGACGCCGGAGACCCGGCAGCGGCAGAUCCCCGGGCCGCCUUGCCUUCUCCUCCGCUGCUCUCCCAAAACCGACGUCUCCAUAAUUUCUCGUUCCCGACUCUCAGCUGGCGUGGCCAGCGCUUCCUCCGCUGCUCCAAACUUUCCGACGUCGCCACAACCGAGCCCGCUAGAUCGGCCGAUCAGGACCACCGGACCUCCCAGAUGAAAUCUUCCCCGCAGAGGCCGUUGCCGGUCGCCCGGGAUCCGAAGGAGGAGGCGAGAAGAGGGAGGGAAGGAAAGGAGGCGGACAAGGCAUCCUCUUGUGCGGCUACCGUGGCAGAGGCCACAAGACCCUGGAACUUGAGGACGAGAAGGGCCGCUUGUAAUUUCCCAGCUGACCGGUAUGGUAAUCAUGGUUCUAUUUAUGGGGCUACAGCGAUGGAGACGAUUGAUCCUCCGAUGAAGACGGUGAGGCUGCAAUCGGAUGAGUCGAAGAAGGGUGGGAUGGAGAAGUUCUCGAUCUCUCUGUCUCGUUCGGAGAUUGAGGAGGACUUUUUCGCUAUCAAAGGGACGAAGCCCUCUCGGCGACCAAAGAAAAGGGCUAAGAUUGUUCAGCGAGAACUAGACCUAGAAGCUACAAUUGCUUUCCUGCAGAGCUUGAAGAACCUGAUGAAGAGAGGCGCCUUUCCGGGAAAACCCUUAAGGUUUUCAAUUGCUGCCUAA